AUGACACAGCACCGGCAGGACGAGGUACUCGCUGAGUUGGGCUUCUUAGCCCGGAUUAAUCUCUAUGAGAAAGUGAAGCCUUAUGGGUUGCGGUUACCGCCGCCGGAGGGCCUCGCUCAGUCCAAUAUCGAAGGCCACAUGCAGUUGGUCAACGUCCGAAACGCCCGGCUACAUGACAAGAAAAUCUCCCUCGAGUGCCGCGGGUUCUGCUUGGCCCCGUUCUCUACCUCGAUGAAAUACACCGACUUUGAAGAGCCCCUGAAGGUCAAAGAUGUUUAUUGUGCCGAGGUCGCAGAGGCGGUCAAGGCGGGCGUUGCUGGCGCUCGCCACACCCGUAUCCGGCGUAGAGAUGCCAACUUUCCGACCUCCACGGGUGUCGACUUUGAACACGCACAACCUGCGAGCAUGGCUCACGCUAACUUCACCCCAGAUAUCGCAGUCCAGAUGAUCAAGACGCUAUACGGCCCUCGAGCAGACGAGGUAAUCUCUGAAGGUUGGGCCAUCGUCAAUGUCUGGAAACCACUCAAAGAUGCAGUAGUUGACUGGCCGUUGGCCGUCUGUGACAGUCGCACGUUCGACGCGGAACAUGACGGCGUACCCGCGGAUGUUGUGUACAGAGACUGGAUCUCCGAAGAUGUGCUGGUUCAUCACGCCACGGGCCAGGAAUGGUGGUUCUUCCCAGAGCAACAGCCUGACGAAAUACUGUUGUUCAAGAGCGUGGACUCGGAGAAGGGACUCUACGCUGCUUGCCCACACGUCGCAUUCGCCAACCCAAGGGCUUCGCCUAACGCUCCGUUGCGUGAAAGCGUUGACUGUAGAGUUAUCGUGUUCUUCACCAAGGCGUCAGAGCUUCCGCCAGAGGUUGGGCACCUGUAUGGUGCAAAAGAUUGA